AAUCUCCAGGAGGCUUUUAUUCAAGAUACAGUUGCCUCAACAUCUGGAAUACAAGAGGCUUCACCAUCUGUGCAAAGGACCAAUGCAGCAAAGGCCACCUCUCAGCCUGUCCUAUCUAUGGAGUUAGCUACCACAGCUCCUCUCACUCAGGAGGCUGCUCCACGUCCCUCUGAGACAGGCAGGAUGAUGGAGAUAGAAGUAGCUCUGCCUCCACUGUCUCCUUUAGCUGACCCAUUGGGCAACUCUGAUACCCCUAAGGAGAUGGUUGUAGCAAAUGUUAGAACUAGGAAGAGAUCUUCUACUAGCAGGGGAAGACUUCAGAGACAAUCUAUUCAAGAGGCAGGCAAGGGGGUGAUACUAGGUGCUAAGAGGGACAGAGAGGAGACAUUCUCAGAGGUAGAGGAAACUGAGGGGCAGAAGCUAGAGGUGCCAGUUGAAAAGAAAAGCAAAGGCUCAGUUGUUGAGGUGGGGAAUGCCAGCCUAAAGUGGCACCCAACGCAUAAAU